CUCGCCGCGCCACUCCCGCCGCCGCCGCUGGUGAGGCUCGGCCGCCGCUGCCCCGGUGAGGCGGGAUGGGCAAGAGCUGCAAGGUGGUGGUGUGCGGGCAGGCCUCGGUCGGGAAAACCUCCAUCCUGGAGCAGCUGCUGUACGGGAACCAUGUGGUCGGCUCGGAGAUGAUCGAGACCCAGGAGGACAUUUACGUGGGCUCCAUCGAGACGGACCGGGGGGUGCGGGAGCAGGUGCGCUUCUACGACACGCGGGGGCUGCGGGACGGGCUGGAGCUGCCCAAGCACUGCUUCUCCUGCACCGACGGCUACGUGCUGGUCUACAGCACCGACAGCAAGGAGUCCUUCAAGCGUGUCGAGCUGCUCAAGAAGGAGAUCGACAAGUCCAAGGACAAGAAGGAGGUCACUAUUGUGGUUUUGGGCAACAAGUGUGACCUGCAGGAGCAGCGCCGGGUGGAUCAUGAUGCAGCCCAGCACUGGGCCAAGGGCGAGAAGGUGAAGCUGUGGGAGGUGUCCGUGGCUGAUCGGCGCACGCUGAUCGAGCCCUUCAUCUACCUGGCCAGCAAGAUGACGCAGCCACAGAGCAAGUCUGCGUUUCCCCUGAGCCGCAAGAACAAGGGCAGCGGAUCCAUGGAUGGCUGAGGCUUCUUCCCCUUCCCUUCCAUUGCCACCUCCUCUUCCUCACCUUCCUGCUUCCCUCGUACACACCUCCUUCUGAGUCCUGUCUGGUGUCAUGGAGCCUGUGGGAAGCAGGUGGCAGGAGGAACAAUCUUCCCAGGGCUGGGGAUGGUCCUGGAGGAUGAGCGAGGCAGUAGGACAGGGACCACUCCUCUCCCUGCCCAGCCCCUGCAGCUGUCAGAGGUGCUACAGGAAGAUCAGGAUUCACUCAGUGACCCCCUCUGCUCUCAGGUGCAUGCUGAGGGAGGGGAGCAGAGGCAUAGCAUACACUGGCUGGAAUGUGGGGAUCAGCUCCACAUCUGGAGGGAACAACUCUCCUCUUUUUCUAUUUCCAUAUAACAUGUGGGAAGAGCCUGUUUGCUGGCCCUGCCUCCAGCCAAGCAGCUCUGCUUGCCCUGCCCCAGCUGCCUCUGUGCUGCUGCUCCCUGGCAGGUUGUCCCUUACCCUGGCAGUCUCCACUGCUCCUUUGUGCACAGGAAUAUCCAGGGAAUGCCUAGAGCAGGGCAGGUGCUGUUCCUGGGGGCAGGGUGCCCAAAUCCACUAUUUCAGCCCCCCUCUUCCUGAGUGCAGACUCAGCCAUGAGCUUGGAGGAGAUGGGACUGUGCUUCACCUGCACAUCUGGAUCCUUGGAGGAGCUGGGACUUUACUUACCCUGCACACCCCAGAUGCUUUGGGCUAUGGCAGCUUUCACUGCCCACCUGUCACAGUGCUGCCUCCUCUCAGAACCACCGUAAGACAAGGCACAGUUGUCCCACUCCUGCCCAGCAACACGCAUUCCCUUCAGGUAGUGUGGAUGUAGGAAAAGAACUGAUGAAAAGCCCCAGUGUGUUUAUACUUGUUCCUUUUAUUUACUGAGUAACACAAUAAAGCGAUGAGAUUCGAUUAUCAAAA